GUUCCGUCAUUCUGAAGCAUAAGUUCUGCUUACCUUACCUUCACCCCGGCCAACGUUCCCUACAACUCCAUCAUGUCUGUCUUCAACGCCUCUCGUCUGCUUGGAAAGACCGUUAUCGUUACUGGUGCCAGUUCCGGGAUUGGAGCGGCCACCGCGGUGCUGUUUGCCAAGGGAGGCUCGAAUGUCAUCUUGAUUGCCCGUCGUGCAGACGCGCUCAAGAAAGUGUCGGACGCAUGUGCUGCUGCUCACAAAGAAUCCGGUCUCCGGCAAGGAGGAAAAUUCGCCGCUGUUCAGCUGGACGUCUCAGAUAAGGCGCAGGUUGCGACACUCUGGGAUAAGGUACCUCAGGAUCUCCGAAAUGUUGAUAUCCUAGUGAACAAUGCAGGUUUCGUCUUGGGUGUCGAGCAUGUUGGAGACAUCAAACCUGAGGACGUGGAGAGCAUGUUUUCUACUAACGUCUUUGGGCUCAUAUCCAUGACUCAAUUGCUCAUCAAAGAUUUCAAAGCCAAGAAAGCAGGGCAUGUCAUCAACCUGGGAUCCAUUGCAGGACUUGAGCCAUACGCAGGAGGAAGUAUCUACACUGCUACAAAACACGCUGUCCGUGCCUUUACUGGAUCGAUGAGGAGGGAGCUGGUCAAUACUCCUAUUCGAGUAACUGAAAUUCAGCCAGGAAUGGUGGAGACUGAAUUCUCCAUCACACGGUACCGAGGUGACAUAAACGCAGCCGGAAAAGUGUAUGAAGGCCUGGAACCUUUGACUGCUGCCGACAUCGCGGAAGAAAUUGUUUGGGCAGCUGCUCGACCCCCUCACGUCAACAUUGCUGAAAUGCUUGUGUUUCCUGUCAACCAGGCAAGUGCUACAAUCAACUACCGGGGACCUAAAUGAAGUCCAGGUCGAAAGCGUAAAGUGAGGAUAGAAGUUCAAAUAUGUAACUAUCGUCGUAUAUUUUCAUGACGAAGGGUGACAACGAAACAAUAAGAUAUAUAAGCACCGACAGAUCCCGGUUAACCAAGACAUUCCAUGCACAGAUUACAUAUCUUCCAGUCAUGAUUUACUCCUCUUGGAUCUCGAGCGGGUAGUUUUGACAACCAUCGGCUCCGGCUCCUGUAGGAGAUCGCUAUCGUAAACGAACUUCUGAACAACAAUACUCUCUGGAAUGAUGUCUUCCAAUGCUGAUGAAGCAUUAGACAAAUUACCCAACAUAUCCAAAGGUAUUGCCUGUUUGGACCGAGGUCAAC